CUUGACCCUAACAGUGGAGCAUUGCUGAUGAAACAGGGAGAAGCCCGGCUAAAUAGCUUUGCCCCAGCACUGACAUAUAUCUUGCGAUGCAAUAGUGAUGUGACCAGUCUGCUCUCAGGGACUGCCAUCAAAGCUAUCACAGCCUAUGUCACAGACUACAUCACCAAAACACCACUGAAGACCCACACAAUGUUCUCUGCAGUAAAGACUGUGUUUACACGCAACACGGAACUCCUC